CGAUUGGCACAACAGGGUUACCAAAAUGUACGGAGUCGGGACGACCGAUUCUAAUUUAAUUUACGAAGUAAAUGACAAAGGAGAGCGAGUGGUCGUGAAAUCUCUUGUGUCGUCGCGACGGGCAUUCAUCCGCUUCACGAACCGUUCUUCCAGGCCAGUGGCGGUCUGGUGGAGGGACUUCCAAGGUAGGAAGCAGCAUUACAUCAAUCUCGACCCGACUGACUUUUUCGAUAUUAAUACGUUUGUCACCCAUCCUUGGGAGUUUUCUGAUGCUGCAACCACAGACGUCUUCGUGAUAAACAAUAAGGAGAUAUUUCGACCACCUCCUAUUGUAGGUCAGGUCUUGUUUAGGACUAAUUGGAAUAUUACUGUACCGGUGCGACAGCUGAGGAGAGUAGCCAUGUUAUGUGUAGCAGUGCGGUUGAGGAAUGUGGAAGCUGUUGAUGCACUUGGCCUCCCUCGGGUUCUAGCCCAGGAGUUGCGAGAGAUGGUGGCAAAAAUCCGGAGGGAGCUUACUUCAGCACGCAUACCUUAAUGGUAGUUUUGAAUGAGUCGGCAACUGUUUCAAUGUUGUUCUUAACUGUGUAUUGUGUUGAUUUUUAUCUAUUUAUAUUUGUACCAUAUUUUAAUGAUAAUGAAUGACUGUCAAUAUUUAAGUGGAAUAACUUUUUAUAUUAUUAUUAUAAUUUUUUU